GCAUAUUUGACAAAUGUUCGAGUACUUGAUGAUGCUGCAAUAAUUUAGAGAAGUGUUACGGGGAGGGUUAAAGUUUAGCAUUGUUCAAAAAUAAAAUAAAAUAAAAAAUAGUAUUAAGAGUUCUCUUCGUUUGAGUGACACGUGUUGGUCAUCCUCCUCUCUCUAGAUGAUUCUCUCUCUACGCACACGCUCUCUCUGUCUCUCUUCGUGCUCGUCUUAAAUUCAUUUCACGCUGUCUCCGAAACGAGGAUUACAACAAUCUGUGUUUCAGCUAAUUAUUUAGUAUAAGCUGAGCUCCUCCAAAAUUAGCUGCAGAGUCCCGCUUUCUCUCUCUACCAGUCUACGUUUCUCUCUCUACAUUUUCAUUUUUCAGUGAGAGAGAUCAUGUCUUUAGGGGGAAUGAAGGGUAUGGAUUUAAGGAUGGUGCCGUACGGAAUCGACAUCAAGUUCGAGAACGACACCACCCAUGACAACGUGUCCGACACCACCACAGAACCGGUGCUCUACCGGACCCGCGAAACGCCGGUCGAACCGGUGGUCAUGAACCCCAAACCUACCGCCAAAUUCAAGUACCGCCACUGCAUGAGGAAUCACGCGGCCGCGAUCGGCGGCCACGCCAACGACGGCUGCGGCGAGUUCAUGCCCUCCUCCGCCGACCCACUAACGUGCGCCGCCUGCGGAUGCCACCGCAACUUCCACCGCAAAGAAGUACAAGGCGGCGGCCACCACUGCCGCAGCAUGCUGCAUUCUCCGCCGCCGCCGGCGAUGUUGGCGUAUAACUCCGGACCCACCAACAAAAUCGGAGGGUUUGCUACAAUGGGUCCCACUAGUGCUCAUCUGAACGGUGGUGGGCUGUUUGGAGACGUUGAUCUGCAUGAUCAUGACGAUCACGAGGUUGAUCGACGGUCGGAGACGCCGGAGAGAGAGGAGGUGGUGUUGAUGGGGUCCGCCGGGCCAAUGUCGGCGGCGGCCGCGGCGGCGGCGAGGAACAAGAGGUUCAGGACGAAGUUUACGCAGCAACAGAAAGAGAGGAUGUUGGAGUUUGCAGAGAAGUUGGGAUGGAGGAUACAGAGGCAAGACGACGUCGCACUGAACCAGUUUUGCUCUGAGAUUGGGGUUAAGCGUAACGUCCUCAAGGUGUGGAUGCACAAUAACAAAAAUGCACACCGCCGCAGGGAAUCAGCUCCCACUACUCCGCCGGCGCAGCCUCCUCCUCCACCACCAGCGCCGCUACAACCCGCCGGCGUUUGAUUGUUUAUAUAUUUAUUUAUAUCCUAUGCUUAAUUAAUCUUUGUCGGGUCUUAGGAAUGUAAUUUAGAGAUAAGAGAUGGCAAAGCAAAAUGAGGUACUGAGCUACUAAUUAAGAGAACCACUGCUUGUUUAGAUUAAGGGGUGUCUUAACGUUGGUUUGUGUGUACUUAAGAAAGUGUCAACUUUGAAGGGAAAG